UCGAGGGAGGAUUCGGCAUUUCCACGGCAAAUCGAGUUCGACUUUUUCCGCGGCACGAUGCGAUGUGGUAUGAUCUCGUGAUCUCGUGAAAGGGAAUAAAUUCGACGCGUAUAACGAUCGUGUAACGUCGUGCUGCAAUCAUCCCAGAUCUGUUAAAAAUUGGAUUUUCGCCGGAUUUGAGAGAUCAUCGUGUUGAAUACGCGAACGAAGAUGAACCGCGAGAAAGGAUCGUCAAAUACUUCUAUUUGAGUGUAAAAAUACGCUUCGACCAAAAUAUAUCGAAUUUGUCAAUCAACCAUAAGCUGAGAUUCAACAACCGAACAUAUAUAUAUAUAUAUAUAUAUGUAUAAGGAUGUCAAAACUGACGGGAAAAUAUGUCUACGCAAUAACUAACUAUGCGUGACGAUGACUUGAGAUAUGCUAAUAAAAUUCCAGUAGCAAAAAAAUAAGCGCGAGGAUUCAGCGAGUAUAAAGAUAUCGAAAGAUCAAUAGCCUGAUCUUUAUCAUGAAAGGUGAAAGUACGAUUAUUUCAAGAGCUCGAAACCGGCCAAACGUCAUCCUGAACGAUCGUCCGUCGAUUCUUUCGAAAGAAUGAUAAGGAUACAGGAGAGCAGAAUGAUCGAGAAUCUGACAAAGAUCCUGGAGGAGACGGUGGGUGACACCUGGGGACUCUCGAAGAGCGGAGAUUCGCGUCUAAGGCUGCGUUCCGCGAUUCACGAUGUAAAUCCGCGAAGCGAGAAUUACUCGAGCACGAUCGUCGCCUUCCUGAGGGAGGAGGCCGCGAGCGAUCGCCGGGACUCCCUGUACGUCGUCCUGCCGAUCACGGUGAUCUACGUGGUGAUCUUCCUCACCGGGCUCAUCGGCAACAUCUCCACGUGCGUGGUGAUCGCCCGGAACAAGUCCAUGCACACCGCCACCAAUUAUUACCUCUUCAGCCUGGCGGUGUCCGAUCUCUUGCUGCUCGUUUCCGGCCUGCCGCCGGAAAUGUACUACAUUUGGUCCCACUUUCCCUACGUCUUCGGCGAGGCGUUCUGCAUCAUUCAGAGCUUCGCCGCGGAGACCUCGGCCAACGCCACCGUUCUCACUAUCACGGCCUUCACCGUCGAGAGAUACGUGGCGAUCUGUCAUCCCUUCAUCUCGCACACCAUGUCGAAGCUGUCCCGGGCGAUCAAAUUCGUGGUGGCGAUCUGGCUGAUGGCUCUCUGUCUCGCGGUGCCACAGGCCAUUCAAUUCGGCAUCAUCUACGACUACGGCAACGGGAGCGCUAUCCUGGACAGCGCCAGGUGCUCCACGACGUGGACGUUGAUCGAGCACGCAUUCGAGAUCUCGACCAUCCUAUUCUUCGUGGUGCCGAUGACGAUCAUCACCGUGCUGUACAUACUGAUCGCCAUCAAGCUGCGACGCUCGAGUCUGCUGACCGUCGACAGCAAGAAGCAUCACGUACCUGUUGGAAGUCAGGAUCGAGGGAGAGCGAACGCGCAGAGAAACGUCAUUCGCAUGCUAGUCGCAGUGGUGGUGGCCUUUUUCAUCUGUUGGGCACCAUUUCACGCACAAAGAUUAUUGGCCGUAUAUGCGCAGAGCACCACAUCUGAACCAGCGGAAGCUCUGAUCAUAGUGUAUACCACACUCACUUAUGUGUCAGGAGUAUUCUAUUAUCUAUCCACAACGGUGAACCCGCUCCUCUACAAUAUCAUGUCUAAUAAGUUCAGGGAAGCUUUCAAGUCGAUGCUAUCUAAGAACUGCGUCGGGAAGUUCUCGUCUCGCAGGGAUAGUCUUCGACAACAGACAACUUACACCAGUCUGUCGCGAUACCAGAAAUCUAUGAAGCCUCGAUUCGACAGCAUCCAGCAGUCGCCCUCGAUAUCCAUCAGCGAGGAGCAGCAACGAUUGACUCAUAUCCCGCUAGCGAAUAACGUGAAUAAUGCCUGCGAGGCAAACGGAUUUGCGAUAUCGCGAAGCGAGCAACCGAGACCCGGUGUCGCGAACAGGGAGACCGCGGUCUACCGAGAUUACGCCAGAAGCAUGUCGAGAGGCUCCGAUUCCAGCCAACUCACCAUGACGACGACGUUGAGCAAGCAAGGUCUUAACAACGAGGGCAACAACAACGUGGCCGCGAACGAGUUUCUGCUGAGGAUACCUAAGCCACCGAAAGCUGUCACUUUAGCAGGAAUCCUUACGGAGAGAUUGGGCCUUGGCACCAAAGGUUUCUUCGCGCAGCACCGAAAAAAUGGAUCUACCGGUUCAGCAAAAUUAAAACCGGAAAAAGCGCCGGUCGCAGCGAUGUCAUCACGAUUCCAGAGUCAUCCAAGCAUCGAGAGUGCCAAUACAAUCAGUAGUUCCAGUCUUCAGGAUCUCGACGAGACUGAGUUUACCGGGUCUGAGUUGGCACAGUACAUGGGCGAGUUAAACUGCGAUCUUGUUACUUGACAUCGUGUUCAUCGCGGCGAAACAUUGCCUCUUCAAGUGGUUUCUCAAACGCGAUCUUCGCAUACAGACUUAUGAAGGCUUUUACUAAGAAACUCGUGACGGUGCACACUACAACAUCCACAUACAAUUCUAUACAAGAACAUAUACUAUAUUAUCUGCAAAGACUUUAACAAUUUGCAAAUCCACAAUUGUGGAUCUAAUUGCGUGACGGACAUAUGAGAUGUCAUCAGGAUGAAUUGGAUGCGGAAUGUGCAUCAAACUUGACUGGAGUCUGUUUUCGUGAAGAUAUUAUUAUUGUAAAAGGAGAAAAAAUAUUGAUCUGCAAAGAGAUGCACAUUUAACAUAAGAUAAAUAAGAGAAAAGAAUGAAGAAAAUAUGUUAAAGUCAUUGUCUGUGAUUGAGGUGUUGAUAGAAAUAUAAAUACUGUCAAUGAUUUUAUGCAAGUAAAAUUGUGGCGUGAAUAAGAUAGUUGGAUGCUUCUUAAAUUACAUACAUUUGCAAAUAUUCUAUUUCUCUCCAGCAUGAUUGUUAAUAAUGCUAGUCUUACGCAGAUAUUUGCAGUCGACGUUCCUAAGAAUGUAAGCAUGUAUAUAAUAAACUUGAUGAUAAAGAUGUUUUCUGCUGAUAA